ACCAUUGUUUGGCCCACCCCCAGCUGCCAACUACUCCUAAAGUUAUGGAAACACUAACCCUACAUGGCUAUCUAUAUGGCUGCUAGUAGUUUGUAAUGACGAAAUUUCGUAAAAAAGUAAGUUAGAUUUCCACAGAUUCAGGUAGCAGCUUUCUGUUUCGGUCUUUUAAACAAGGCUUACUGCAAUGCCACAAAUCAAAAGUGACUGUCAAGUUUACUAUAUUGUAGCAAAGAUUUAAAGAAGUGCCCAGAAGCCGCUGUAGGCACUGUCAAUCUCUUCAAAUGUGCUGUUCCCUCCACCACUUCACCCACCUCUCUCCUCUCUCAAGAAUUCUCUGCUACUGUUCUGUUAUUCGCCCAUUACCCGUGCCGAGCCUGCUGCGUGCCUCCACUACGUCUCCAGAAGACCAGAAUCCCAAGGGCUCCCUCCCCUCCGGCCUCCAGCAGCAGCGGCAGCCUUGGAGCCAAAGGGGCAGCCUUUGACCCGCCACCGCCGCCAUGGCCGUGGCCGCCGCGGGCGCCGAGGGCUUCGACCCCACGGCGCCGUCCCCGUCCCCGUCCCGUGCCCCGGCCUCGCGCCAGGACGUCCAGGCAGCCAUCGCCAAGGCCGUCGAGCUGCGCCAGCUCCACGCCGCCCUCCUCCAGCGCGGCGCGCCCAAUGCCCGCGCCGGGGCCGCCGCCAGCCGCAGGCCGGCCGUCAUCCGCCUCCCGCCGGUCGCGUCCCCCGCGCGCUCCAGGACGGCGGACGAGGAGUACCCCGUGUUUACUCCGGCCUACGACGACGACGAGUGCGUGGCCGCGGCAGCACUGAACCAUAUUUGCCAGGACAACCGGAGCCGGUCGGAGAACUGGGCCGGCGUCGCCCUGGACCACGGCGGCUGCGACGACGCGGCCCUGUCUGACUACGACGGCCUCAACGCCUUCUCGUCCUCCAACAGCGAGGUGCUCUUCCCUUCCUCCAACGACCCCUGCCUACGGAACAGAGGCGCGGCGUACAAGAUCCACCCGGCCUUCAUGCACUCGGCCGACCGCUUCCUCCUGUCCACCGGCCGGGCGGGCCAUACCCAUACGUCGGAGCUCAAGCUGCCGCCGGCGACGUGCAACAAUGCGAUCCGGCCUGCGACGAUCAGCAGCAGCAGCAGGGUGCCGCCCCCGUCCCGGACGAAGAACAGAGCGCCGCAGAUCCUCUCGUGGCUCUUCCCCAAGUCGAGGAAGAAAGCGAAGCCGCCGGAGAUGGCGUCGCCGGCCGCCAUCGAGCGCGGCAACAUGUCGCAGCUUCUGACGGAGUGGGGGGCGCUGUCCCUCGAGUCCCUCAAGAAGGAGCUCGCGGAGGCCCACGCGCACCGUGACGCCGCGCUCCGAGAAGCCGCGGAGGUGAGGUCGUCGCUGGGGGAGCUGGCCACCAAGCUGGUCAGCGUGGAAGCGUACUGCACGGAGCUCAAGAAGGCGCUGCGGCAGGCCACCAACUCGCCGUCCGUCUCCCGGAGAUCGACGAGAUCGGUCGAGGCAAGCCGGGAGCUCCCGAUGCCGGUGAGCCACGACGUGAUGGUGGAAGGCUUCCUGCAGAUCGCGUCGGAGGCCCGGCUCUCGGUGAAGCAGCUCUGCAAGGCGCUGAUCCAUCAGGUGAGCGAUGAAACCGGCGACGGCCUCUCCGACAGGCUGGACCAGCUCCUGCGGCCGUACCAGCUCGCGCUCGCCGGCGGCGCCGGCAAGCAAUGCUCCAAGGCCGUGCUGUACCACCUCGAGGCGAUCAUGAACCAGGCCAUGUACCAGGACUUCGAGAACCCCGCGUUCCAGCGGAACGGCGCGCCGAGGUGCCUCGACCCCGCGGAGGACCGGCGGCAGAGCUUCGCCGCCUUCGUGGCGCUGCGCAACCUGAGCUGGAACGAGGUGCUGAGGAAGGGAACCAAGUACUACAGCGAGGACUUCAGCCGGUUCUGCGACCGGAAGAUGAGCGGCGUCGUGGCGACGCUGGGCUGGUCCCGGCCGUGGCCGGAGCAGCUGCUGCAGUGCUUCUUCGUCGCCGCCAAGUGCGUCUGGCUGCUCCACCUGCUGGCCUUCUCCUUCGCCCCGCCGCUGACGAUCCUGCGCGUCCAAGACGGCCGCGCAUUUGAUCAGAUGUACAUGGAGGACAUCCUGCAAGGCAGGCAACUGGUGCAGAGACCUUGUCAGGUGAAGGUCAUGGUGAUGCCAGGGUUUUAUGUCCAAGAUAGGGUGCUUAAGUGCAGGGUCCUCAUCACCAGAUCAGCUUCAUAAAUGUCUCAUAUCUCAGCUUUAUUUGACCAACAGCUUGUGUGGUGUCAACUUCCAAGUGUAACUUUUUCUCUCUUUUUUUCUUUUUUGUCUUGAGCCAAAUGAACCAAAGCACAGUAAUUUCAGAUGUGCUGAA